CAUUAUAUUAUUGCUUAGGCCCUUGCCUCUAGCUCAAAACAAAUUAAAAUUAGGAACAUGGGGUACAAGUUCCUUGGUCAUUCACUAUCUUACUUACACUGUACACUCUUCCUCCUGGUUUGUACAUCCUUGGUUGGCAAUAAGCUUACCCUUGCUAAGCAUACUGGCAUAACUCGGCGUUAUAACUUUGAGGUUAAGAUGCAAAAUGUGACAAGAUUAUGCCAAACAAAGAGCAUUGUGACCAUCAAUGGACAAUUUCCGGGGCCGAAAAUCGUCACAAGGGAAGGUGAUAGACUUGAAAUAACUGUCAUAAAUCAUGUAAAGUAUAAUGUUACUGUUCACUGGCAUGGAGUUAGACAAUUGAGAAGUGGGUGGGCCGAUGGACCUGCCUAUAUCACACAAUGCCCAAUUCAGAGUGGCCAAAGUUACGUUUAUAAUUUCACAAUCACAGGCCAAAGAGGAACCUUGUUUUGGCAUGCUCAUAUUUCGUGGCUUAGGGUCACUCUUUAUGGUCCCAUUAUCAUUCUACCAAAGCAUGGUGAUUUUUAUCCAUUUCCUCACCCUUACAAGGAAGUUCCAAUCGUUUUUGGGGAAUGGUGGAAAACAGAUACAGAGGCAAUGAUCAACCAAGCAAUGAAAACAGGAUCAGCCCCUAAUCUUUCUGAUGCUUUCACCAUCAAUGGCCUUCCUGGACCCUUAUACAAUUGCUCGACUAAAGAUGUAUUCAAGCUCAAGGUGAAGCCAGGCAAGACAUACCUUCUCCGCUUGAUCAAUGCUGCACUUAAUGACGAACUUUUCUUCAGCAUUGCCAACCACACGCUCACUGUGGUCGAAGUAGAUGCCAUCUACACCAAGCCUUUUAAAACCAAUAUCAUCCUCAUAACCCCCGGCCAAACAACCAAUGUUCUUUUGACGACCAACAACUACCAUCCUAAUCCGUCAUUCCUAAUGGCAGCACGGCCUUAUGCCACCGGACCCGCGACUUUCGACAAUACAACCACUGCUGCCAUUCUUGAGUAUGCUCAUGAUCCAUCUCUGAAGCACACAAGGACUAAACCAAAAUUAAUAAAACCCAAACUACCAUUCUUCAAUGACACUUCUUUUGCAGCUAAAUUCACCAACAAACUAAGGAGCCUUGCAAACUCCAAAUUUCCUGCCAAUGUGCCUAAAAAGAUUGAUAGACAUUUCUUCUUCACUGUCGGACUAGGAUUACUCCCCUGCCCUAACAACCAAACUUGCCAGGGACCCAACAACACCAUGAUUGCAGCAGCAGUCAACAAUGUUUCCUUUAUACAACCUAAAAUUGCUUUACUUCAAGCACAUUUCUUUAGCCAAUCAAAUGGAGUAUUUACUACUGAUUUCCCAACUAAACCACCCUUUAGUUUUAAUUACACUGGUACUCCACCCAAUAAUCUUAUGCUUAACAAAGGUACUAAAGUCGUAACUUUACCAUUUAAUACAAGUGUUGAGCUAGUAAUGCAAGAUACUAGUAUUAUUGGUGCUGAAAGUCACCCUCUUCACCUUCAUGGCUUCAACUUCUUUGUCGUUGGUCAAGGGUUUGGUAACUUCGACUCUAAGAAAGAUCCUACAAAGUUUAAUCUAGUCGAUCCAAUAGAAAGAAAUACGGUUGGUGUGCCUUCUGGUGGGUGGGUUGCUAUCAGAUUUCGAGCCGAUAACCCGGGUGUUUGGUUUAUGCAUUGUCAUUUGGAAGUUCAUACAAGUUGGGGAUUGAAGAUGGCAUGGAUUGUAUCUGAUGGAAAUGAGAAGAAUCAAAAAUUGCUACCACCACCUUCUGAUCUACCCAAAUGUUGAAUAUAAUUCAGUUUUAGUGGUGUUUUUUGUUUUAAAUUUAGCUUUCUGCUAUUAGUUCCUCCCUCAUUGUAUGGAUCUCUAUCUGCCUAAAGAGGCUAUGGUACUUGAGAGAAGUUUUUGCACUAGUGAAUGUAAUGUAAAAUUUAUACCAAAGUUUUGAAAUGAAAAUAUAAAAUUUA